AUGGCUACAAAAGGAAAGGCCACCAUGUCAAAACUGUCAAUCCCCAAGAGGCACUCCCAAGGAUCAAGGUCACAAUCAUAUCAAAGCUCUUCAGCCCAAGAUUUUGUGGACAUUCCAGCCAGGACACAAGAUGAUGAUUUUUCCCAAGGCGACAAUUUUUCGAUCUCUCCUGGGCUCAACGGAUCAUGUCAAUUUGAUAACAUGGGCAACUGGGCCAUCAGCGAUGCCAUGUUAACCUGUGCUGAUAUUAGCACAGCCAGCGAGGCAACUGAUGAGUCAUUUGACACUCAAUCACUUUCAACCACUGAUUAUGAUAUGCAAGAAUCCCAAAUGUUGACAUUCGCCCCGUACACACAGCCCCUCUUUUCAGGAUCCGCAGACCACACUACCUUUUCGGAUAUCAACCCAAUUCAGGAUGCGACCGCCAGCUGCGAGAGCCCGCAGAUGGCAUUUAGGAAUUCCCAUGGGUUCCAAACCGUUUCCGGUGCUAUGGGAUUUUCUGUCAAGAAUGAGUCAGGCCACAUUACUAGUGAAAAUGGACAUGAGAAUGAGAAAUGCCAGAUGGAAUUCGACCCAGCUCACCAAGGAAUGAAGAACUCCGACUCAUUGGCUGUCUCCAGCCCCUGGUGCCAGUCAGCAAUGAGUGAUGAUACCUCCACUGGAAAUGUAGUUCAUAUGUCGAAUCUGUACACCCAGAUACCAGCUACCCCUCCACUUACUGAGGCCGGUCAAGAUAUACCCGUUACUUCAGCCUGCUCCCCCUCAAACUUUUCUCCUUACGCCGGACAUGAUGACUCUCCUUUUGUUGAUACUACCUAUCUUUCAGGCCAGAACUUCCCAAUGAACGGCUUCUAUCCUCUCAGCCCACCGCUGAGCGCCAAGGAUUAUAACAGGUACAUUGGUUUUUUCAUAACAUAUCUACGCUUGGGGCUUGAAAAACUAACGAAGUUUGGUAUAUAA